AUAAGUUGAACCAUUCCCGGCUUCCCUCUGCAGUAGUGAGUUGUGUGUGUGGUUUUAAUGAAGAUCUCUGUGUGUUUCUCUUCGCUCUCCAACGCGCUGAUCACACAUUAUCCAUCUGAUCAUACAGUUAAAGAGUCCGUAAGUCUCCAUGGGUGGGAAAAAGAAGAAAUCUGCAGCUCCGUCUGCUGCUGGAGCUGUAAACAGCGCGCCGGACUCUACAGGACAACCACAGCAGCAGAGAGCCCACUGCCCUAAACCCCCCAACAAGGAGAGUAAAACCAAAGCACCAAAAACAUACAGCCUCACCAGCACCUCACAGGUUGACACCAGUGGAGCCUCAGAUAAAUCAGUCCUCAAAGUCAUCAUUCAGCCGGACCUGGAAAAGAAAAUUAUCAAAAUGAUCAACGACCACACACAGGAGAAUGGCGACAAAGGGCCAAUAUCAGGGAGGCUCACCACUAAAAAGCUGCUGGAUUUGUACACAGCUCUGCAGAACUUCCACUUUAAGACAGCUCACAUAGAAGAGGCCAUGAAAAGCAGCAUGCUGUACGGAGGGGAUCUGCACUCGGCGCUCGAUUGGCUCUGCCUGAAUCUCAAAGAUGAUGAGCUGCCGGAAGGCUUCAGCCAGAGGAUGCGAGAGGAGAACAACAAGAGUCGGGCCAAGUUCCAGGAUCAAAAACAGCAGAGCCAGGCAACGGUCAGAAAAGAGGAGCUCAAACAGGAGGAGAAGCCCAAAGCAAAGGUAAAGGAUGAUGAAGUGAACGUGAAAGAGUGGAUCCUGAGGUAUGCAGAGCAGGAGGAGGAGGAGAGCAGUGAAGAGGAGGAGAGGAGUGCAGAUGGCUCGAACAAUCCACAGCUGAAUGAGAAGUUUGAUCCUAAUGACCGCUAUUUGAUGCUGACCGCCCAGCUGUAUGAUGCAAAGGAAAUGGCAGCAGACGCUAAAGCCAAGAAAGACAAAAUAGGCCAACGAACGGCGCAGGACCGCAUCAGGGUCAUUCAGCAAGAGAUGAAGCCGUUGGAGUCUCACCCGCUGUUUAACCCAGCCAUUAAAGUCACAGACACUCCGAAAGAGGAGAAAAAGCCGGCGCCUGUAAAGGAAGCGAACGAGGACCUCAACUUUAACCUGUUUGAACAAGCUGAGAAGGCACCAGCAGAGAAGACGGAGAAGAAGAAGGAGCCGAAAGACAUCCGGGACUUUGACUACACCGGCCGCAGCUGGACCGGGAAAUCUCCCAAACAGUUCCUGAUCGACUGGUGCAGGAAAAACCUUCCAAAGAGCCCACCGCCGUCCUUCCAGAAGGUUCCUGCUGGAAGAUACUGGAAAUGCAAGGUUCGUAUUCAGAGGCCGGAUGAUGUGCUGGAAGUUUGUCCCACCAUCUUGACUGAGGACAGCAUGCAGGCGCAGCAUUUAGGAGCCACACUGGCUCUCUAUAGCCUGGUGAAGGGACAGUCAGUGCAUCAGCUUCUUCCACCUCCAUAUCGUGACGUGUGGUUGGAGUGGAGAGACAGUGAGCAGCAGAAGGAAGAACAGACUCGCUCAGCCAUCAAUAAACCCCGUGAUCAGUUCAUCGCCCGCCUGCUCACCCGCCUCAAACAGCAGCAGCCCCACAGCCAGCAGGCCAGGUGUGGUUCCGUGGAUCCCGGAGACGAGCCCGAGGACUCGUGGGAAAGUUUGGCUCUUCAGGAUGAUCUGCAGGGGCCCCAGCAUGCAGUUCAGGACAUGCGGCUGUGGGAGGAGUCUCGGGCUCUUCUCCUGAAGCUGCGUAAAUCUGCACUGGCCUGCAGGCUGCGGUCCGAGAGAGAGCAGCUGCCUGUGUUUCAGCACAGAGGACGUGUGCUGGAGACUCUGGGGCGCCACCGUGUGGUGGUGGUGGCUGGAGAGACAGGCAGUGGGAAAAGCACACAGAUCCCGCAGUUUAUUCUGGAGGAGCUGCUGGCUGGGGGAAACGAGGCGCGGCCCUGUAACAUUGCGGUCACUCAGCCCAGGAGGAUAUCAGCCAUGAGUCUGGCCAGCAGGGUCAGUCAGGAGCUGGGCAGUGAGGACGAACCUGGAGGCAAGGACACUCUGUGUGGAUAUCAGAUUCGGAUGGAGAACCGCUCCUCUGACUCCACCCGUCUGCUCUACUGCACCACCGGCGUCCUCCUGAGGAAGCUCCAGCAGGACCGCCUCCUUAACUCCCUCACGCACAUCAUCGUGGACGAGGUCCAUGAGCGCAGCGUCCAGUCUGAUUUCCUGCUGACCAUCCUGAGGGACGUGGUCCAUAAGCGCUCGGACCUGCAGCUGAUCCUGAUGAGCGCCACUGUGGACUGCGAGAAGUUUUCCAGCUAUUUUAACCGCUGCCCUGUGGUCACCAUUCCUGGCAGGACCUUCCCUGUGGAGGUGUUCCACCUGGAGGAUAUCGUGGAGGAGACUGGGUAUGUGCUGGAAGAAGAUUCGGAUUACAGUCAAAGGUUUGUGGAGGAAGAGGAGGAGGUUAGCGUCUCCAUCACACAGAAGGGAGGAAAAACACUACAGCAUCAGGAGGUGAUUGUGCGGGACUCUGCUGCUGGAUGGGAUCUAGGUCCAGAGCUGGAUCACUUUAGCAACCGUACACGUCACGCCCUGCAGUACAUGAACCCAAACAAGAUCAAUGUGGACCUAAUCCUGGACCUGCUCGCUUACCUGGAUAAAUCUCCCCAGUUUGCAGGGAUAGACGGGGCUGUGCUGGUAUUUCUGCCUGGAUUGGCCCACAUUCAGCAGCUUUUUGACCUUCUGACCACAGACAAGAGAUUCAGCUCCAAGGACAGGUAUAAGCUUGUCGCCCUUCACUCUACGCUCUCCUCUCAGGAUCAAGCCUCAGCCUUUACAGUGCCCCCUGCUGGUGUGAGAAAGAUUGUUCUCUCCACCAACAUCGCUGAGACUGGAGUCACCAUUCCAGAUGUGGUGUUUGUCAUUGAUACAGGGAAAACGAAAGAGAACCGGUAUCAUGAGAGCAGUCAGAUGAGCUCUCUGGUGGAGACGUUUGUGAGUAAAGCCAGCGCUCUCCAGAGGCAGGGCAGAGCAGGACGAGUGAGAAACGGCUUCUGCUUCCGCCUCUACCCCAAAUUCAGGUUCGAUAGCUUCAUUGAUUACUCCAAACCAGAAAUCCUGAGGGUUCCUCUGGAGGAGCUGUGCCUUCACAUCAUGAAGUGUGAGUACGGUUCUCCAGAGGAGUUCCUUUCUCGUUCGCUGGACGCUCCGCAGCAGCAGGCUGUAUGUAAUGCGGUCAGUUUGUUGAGGAAGAUUGGUGCCUGCGAGAGAGAGAGCCACACGCUCACUCCGCUCGGCCAGCACCUCGCCUGCCUGCCCGUCAACGUCAAGAUCGGCAAGAUGCUCAUCUUCGGCGCCAUCCUGGGCUGCCUGGAGCCCAUCGCCACAAUAGCUGCUGCUAUGUCUGAGAAGUCUCCGUUCUCCACUCCGAUGAGUCGGAAGGAAGAGGCCAACCUGGCCAGAGACGCUUUAGGCAUUGCCAACUCUGAUCACCUGACCAUCUAUAACGCCUAUUUAGGGUGGAAGAGCGUCCGCAGUGAGGGAAUGCGUGCGGAGAUGAUGUACUGUAGGAAACACUUCCUGAACCGAACUUCACUUAUCACCAUCGAGAACGUGAAGCAGGAGCUGAUCCGGAUGGUGGAGCAGACCGGCUUCAGCAGAACCGCGCAGAUCCGUGCCAAAAACAAAGGUCCAGGCUCGCUCUCCAAGCAGGACGUCCCGAUUCUGGCAUCGGUUCUGACUGCUGGCCUUUACGACAGCGUGGGCCGGAUGAUCUACACCCCCUCUGUGGACCUGCAGGAGCGUGUGGCCUGCACGGUGGAGACGGCACAGGGCAAAGCUCAGGUCCACCCGUCCUCCGUCAACCGCAACCUGCAGACCCACGGCUGGCUGCUUUACCAGGAGAAGGUGAAGUAUUCAAAGGUUUAUCUGCGGGACACCACCCUCAUCUCCCCGUUCCCCAUCCUGCUGUUUGGGGGAGACAUUGACGUCCAGCAUCGUGAGAGACUGAUUUCUGUGGAUGGAUGGAUUCACUUUCAGGCUCCAGUCAGAAUUGGGGUGAUCUUUAAACACCUCCGCAAACUCAUCGACUCGCUGCUGGAGAGGAAACUGGCCAACCCCCGAAUGAAUCUGGAAGAUGAGAAGACCAUACAGAUGAUCAUAGAGCUGAUUAAAUCAGAGAAUGUACUUCGGUGAAGCUCCUUAACAAGCAUAUGGACCCCAGUUCCAGCCUUAUACUAACUGAGCUGCCCAAGCUCCGCCCACAAAUGCCUCAUUCAUAUGUACUGUUGCUAGGUUCGUCAAGCUUUACAGAAUGCUGGUCAAAAUC